UCCGCCGGCUUUAAUGGGGUAAUCUGUAAUAUCCUGGCCGGCCUACAGCCGCGGUCGGCUCUACUCUUCAGGAGACCGUCCUCUGGACCUCUGCUUGACCGCAACACUCAAGAAGAACCCUUAUUGUGGAUAUUUAUUCUAGUUAAUUUAAGGUCAGCCAAGAUGGUGGAAUAUACAUUUUACAAGCCACCGGAGAAGACCUCUACAUGGGUGUCGUUCAAGAAGUUCGUCUACAAUCGAGAGACGGGCCAGGUGUUGGGUAGGACAGCGGCCAGCUGGGGCAAAAUCGGCACGUUUUACCUUAUAUUCUACAGUGUGCUGGCGUCAAUGUUCGGCAUAAUGCUGUGGAUCUUCUACCACACUCUGGACCCUCGCAUGCCUAGGUGGAUACUGGCAGAAUCUCUCAUCGGGAAAUCUCCUGGUCUUGGUUUCCGGCCGAUGCCUAAUGACUCGGACACCAAGAGCACUCUGAUCUGGUACAGGGGGAAGGAUAGCUCUACUUUCGAUCUGUGGACGCAGUCUCUGGACGAGUUUCUGGACGUGUACAGGAGGCCAGGACUGACGCCGGGGAGGGGCCAGAACAUAUACAACUGCGACUACGAUCGCCCCCCGGGCAGAGGACAAGUCUGUGACGUAGAUGUCAAGAAUUGGUAUCCUUGCACAUCUGAGCACAAGUUCAACUAUCACCAAUCGGGCCCCUGCGUCUUUAUCAAACUCAAUAAGAUAUACGGAUGGCACCCAGACUACUAUAACGACACGUCGUCACUUCCUAACCACAUGCCUGAAGAUCUCAAAAGUCAUAUACUCACGCAGAAGAGUGUCAACCCGUUGUUUUUAAACACGGUCUGGGUCACGUGUGAAGGGGAAGGCAGCCUAGACAAGGAGAACAUCGGAGAAAUAAAAUACAUCCCCCGGCAAGGUUUCCCCGGAUAUUUCUACCCCUACGUCAACACAGAAGGGUACCUCAGUCCACUGGUGGCAAUACACUUUAAGAGGCCGAAAACUGGUGUGAUCAUAAAUGUGGAGUGCAAGGCGUGGGCCAAGAACUUGCAUCACGACAGGAAAGAGAAGAUCGGUGUUGUGCAUUUUGAACUGUUAAUAGAUUAGUUUAAUUUAAUUUAUGGUAGUCUUUCAAUAAAACAAAAUCUUUAA